CCACCUGAUAAUCAAUCUAUUGCGAUCCCCUCCUGACGGCGGUGAAACUUGCCCAGCAUUACGUCGCUAGAAGAGGGUCAGCUAUAUUUAUUCGGCAUCUUUGCCAGCAACUUCUGUUCCUUUCCUCGCCGUCCGCUGUCUGGUCUGAUAGCGGCUCGUACGCUGCCGCCUUUCGCCUUCAAGAUGCCUUCCGUUCAAACGCCUGUCCCCUCAACACGGGUCAUAUCUCCUUCGCCUACACCCUCGGAGAGGUCGGAAUCUGGAUAUUUUGGUCCUGUCACACGCUCUGCAUCGCGGCGACAGCGUCUGGAUACUACGGCUGAAGAGAAAGAGGAGAGCAAGGAGAAAGAAAAGGGAGAGGAGGAUGGUUCGGAUUCCGCUGGCUCUGGGAAACGGUCUCGAACCAGAUCGCGCAGUCCUGUUACUGGUAUCAGUCCGGGCUCUGCCUCUUCGCGACGACGAAGAACCCAUCCUAAGAUUCCGUUGGAUAAACCCAAGCCAGUGUCCAACGGCUUCCUCUCCCCGAACGGCUAUCUAUCCCCGACUACCGGCCUUGCCAACAGUUGGCGGGAUUUCUCGCGGUCUCCAUCACCGUUAGGCCUGAUCCCAUUACAUUCCCGCUACCGAAGUUUCAUUCACCGCCAUGAGAUCCCGCGCAAGCUCUUACAUGUCUCGAUUGGCUUUCUGACCUUGCACUUGUAUAGCCGAGGAAUUCAGACCCAUCAGAUCACCCCCUGGCUCUUUUCCGCUCUUGUCCCCAUAGCUGCGGUCGAUGUCGUACGACAUCAGUUCGACAAGGUCAACAAGCUCUACAUUCGCUGUGUUGGCGCGCUUAUGCGCGAGACGGAAGUAACCGGAUACAAUGGCGUGAUAUGGUAUCUGCUCGGCGCGUACAUUGUUCUGCGCUUCUUCCCCAAGGAUGUGGGCGUUAUGGGCGUUUUGCUUCUGAGCUGGUGCGAUACCGCGGCAUCCACCUUUGGCCGUCUCUAUGGCCGCUACACCAUCCGUCUGCGCAAAGGAAAAAGCUUGGCCGGAACCCUUGCUGCCUGGGCUGUGGGCGUGAUCACCGCUGCGGCGUUCUGGGGCUACUUCGUCCCUCAUAUUGGCUCGUUCCCAAACGAUCCCGAAAACGCCUUCAUGUUCACUGGCCGAUUGAACCUUCUACCUGACUGCGUGAAGGGGUUGAUUGGGUGGUCUCCCGAGUCCGACACUCCCACCACUAGUGUCAUCAGUGGACCCUUGGCGCUCGGCGUCAUGAGCGUGGUCUCCGGUAUUGUUGCUGCCGGCAGCGAAUUCAUCGAUCUCUUUGGCUGGGAUGACAACUUCACAAUUCCCGUGUUGAGUGGGAUAGGCCUCUGGGGAUUCCUGAAGGUCUUCGGCUGACCGGUUGUGUCCCCCCCCCCCCCCC